CGACUUAGUGUUUAUACGCAUUGAAAAGCAAAGCCUAGUUCAAACGCGGGGUUUCGUAUACUUCAAAUCAGCCGUCAGCUGAUAUGAUGCAGGUGCCGUUUGAAGGUACAUCUCUGGACCUACACUCAAAUCUUCAAAUCCGAGAUGCAUGCCAACUCAAUACGCAAGUUGGAGGCUUUCAAAAUAUUCAUCCUUCAUUUUCUUCUUGCAUAUAUCCAUCUCUCGAGCAAACGAUAAAUUCAGUAAACACUGAUGCUUUCAAGAAAGAAUACACCUACGAUACAGAACUUCAAAGACAGAUUCUUCCCUCUCUUACACUAAAUAACUUUGGCUUGCAUCACUCUGCUUCUAGUCCCUUAAAUCCUAUGCCUCCCAUUACGUACUCACCUGGAGUUUGUUCACAUCCAUACCUUCAUCAGACGUUUUCGAAUUCUGAUUCACCAUCUGCCUCAAAUGACGUACAGGAUCAUAUGAUUUGUCCGGAUAUAAAAAGACGUAAUCGAGGAAGAAGCUCUCGACUUAAUUUCACCAGUAGUUCGCCUGGUAUCGAUGACAAACCAGUGUCAUUGAGUACGAAAGACUCCCAGAUAAGCUCUUCAGACUGCAAUUCAGACUGCAGUACCGUAACCAGGUCCUCCGAAAAGAUGAAGCCGUCAGAUAAAGAUGAUCGCUAUAUUCAGCGUAGACUGAAAAACAACUUGGCAGCUAAACGUUCCAGAGACAACCGCAAGCGUCGUGAAGAUACAAUAGCAUUACGUGCAAGUUAUCUUGAAAAAUCCAACUUGGUACUACAAACUCAAAUACUAGCUUUGAAAAGGGAAGUUUGUUUGCUUCGUGGUAUACCAUUUGAUCCAAACUACAAAGUUCGCGUUUUUAAUGACAAUUAUUUAUCCUCUUGCCAAACUACCCCACAGUCUACUGUGUCUACUGACUUCUCAAAUGAAUGUCCUUUGCCAGAUUUUUCUCCUAUUGCGUGUUCAAAUCAGACCUUAAACUCAAAUGUCCCUUAUCCUCCAAUCACUGAAUUUUCUGGAAAUUGUGGAUGAAUGUAUAUUUACUAUUUUUGUAUGUACAUUACACAGAGCUUUCUAUUUAUUUCUUUUGAUAGCGAUUUUUGAUGAUGACCUAACUUCACAUUACACUGUCCUAGUUCUGAUUCUACCUAUCUGUAUGAAUAUUUUGCAUUUCGGUACGAUCUAUCUAGUCUAUUUCUUAAUCUCUUUAGUUGCUUUUGGACCGUUAUUUGUUCAUUUGAUUAGGAUUUAUGCUAUAUAAUUGAUAUAUUUCCCUUGCUCAGUUGUAUUGUGAGUGCACGUGUGGUAUUAGGAUUUAUAUUGUUCGUUACAUUCGUAUAUCCUUGAAAAGUAUUUUUUUAGCAAGCGAUCAUA